AUGCCUUCCAGAUCAGAUAUCACGUAUUUCGGGGCUGGUCCCGCUGGACUUCCCACAUCUGUGCUUGAGAAGGCCGCGGAGGCUCUGGUCGACUUUGGAUCUCAGGGCCUGGGACUGGCUGAGAUUAGCCAUCGCUCCGCACUCGCCACCAGCAUCAUUAACGAGGCCAAGGCGGAUCUGGCCUCAUUUCUUGACAUCCCAGAUGACUAUGAUAUUAUUUUCAUGCAGGGCGGAGGCUCUGGCCAGUUCGCAGCCUCGGCCUACAACUUUGUCGGCUCCUGGGUUGCCCGCAAACACAAGGAGAUCGUUGGCGACAGCAAUGACCCCAAACUAAUACAGAAACUGAAGGAGACCGUUGAUAAGGAUCUUAAGCUCGAUUAUAUUAUUACCGGUGGGUGGUCACAGAAGGCAUCGGCCGAAGCUCAACGCCUCUUUGGCGAGGAGCAUGUCAACAUUGUAGCCGACAGCCGCAAAUCCAACGACGGCAUUUUCGGCACUAUCCCGGACGAGAGCACCUGGAAGGUAUCAAACGACAGCGCCAUGGUAUACUACUGCUCAAAUGAGACAGUCCACGGUGUCGAAUUCCAGGAGUUCCCCAAGUCUCUCGCGCCAGGCCCAGACGGAAAGGGCCCAAUUGUCGUGGCUGACAUGAGCUCCGAUAUUCUCUCCAAGAAGAUCCCUGUCAAGAACUUCUCGGCCAUCUUCUUCGGUGCCCAGAAGAACCUUGGAACGGCCGGUAUCACCGUUGUGGUCAUCAGGAAGAGCCUGCUGUCGCCCGCACUACCUCAGCCCUCUGCAGCUCUGAUGCGGCAGCUGGGUUUGCCUAUCCCGCCCAUCAUUCUUGAGUAUGAUACCAUUGCGAAGAACAACAGCCUUUACAACACACUAAGCAUAUUUGAUGUGUACAUUGCCGGCCAGGUGCUGAAGAAGCUAUUGCAGACGUACUCUGACAAAGUUGAGGGGCAGCAAGCUGUGUCCCAGAAGAAGGCCGCCCUCAUCUACGGAGCCCUGGAGGCAUAUCCUGAGGUCUACAAGGUCUUCCCCGAGAAGACGGUGCGCUCACGCAUGAAUAUCUGUUUCAGAGUCACCAAGGGUGGCGAUAUCGAUGCCGCCGAGAAGGCUUUCCUAGACCAGAGCACCGCUCUUGGACUCACCGGCCUCAAGGGACACAGGAGCGUCGGGGGAGUAAGAGCCUCCUCGUACAACUCCAUCUCUCUCGACGGAGCAGAGAAACUUGUCAAGUUCAUAAACGAUUUCGCAACAUCCUAA